AUGAAGGACCAGGAGGCCCUGCACAUGGCAGGGCAGACAGCUCCGAGGGGCUGGUGCCUCAAUCAGGACCAACGCGGUGGGAGGAGAGCCCAGCCUGGGUCUAGGGUCAGGUUAAUUGAAGAAGCGAUUGUAGGGGUGGGGAGAGGCUGGGGGCAGGCUGGGAUCCUGGGGCCUCCCUCCUGCCUCCCUCCUCCCUCCUCCCUCCUUUGCUGGAGGAGCCAACUUCAAAAGCCUUGUCAGCUGCCGCCAGCCUGUCGGGAAGCCUUUGGCUGGGGUUGGCUGGGCUGGAGCUGGACCUGGAGAGAGCCGCGUCCCCACCUGAAGACCCCAGGGUCAUGGAGGCUCACUGGCGGGAUUGAGGGAGGGCCUGACCCCGAGAGGCCCAUGGUGUCCCCCAAGCCCGCACUCUGGGCGCUCCUGCUGGCGCUGCUGGGAACCGCGCCGCGCGGGGCCCGACCCCGCACCUGCAGCGUCCCUGACGUGCUCCGCCACUACCAAGCUGUCAUCUGCGAGGACCUGCAGGCUGCCCUGCGGCGGGCUGGGCCCGGGGCGGCCAGGAGCGGGCCGGGCUCCAGGCAUCUUCAUUUCACUCAGAAAAACCAGACUGGAGCCUUGGCCCGACGCCGGGGUUGGGUGGCACCCUCCUGCGGCGCUGAGAAGGAGCACAGUAUACUAGUGUCCAUAGCGUCCCUGGGGCGGACGCUGCGCGGGGCGGUGGCUGCGGGCCCCCGUGGGGCGCUGGAGAAGGCUGCGUGGACCGUGGCCCUGCGCACCGAGGCGGUGAUGCGGCGCCACUGCCGGACCCUGCGCCAGCGCAGCCGGAGCUGGUGGCCCCCAACGCGCCCCGCCCGGCGUCGCGGCAGCCGGAGGCGGCUCCUGCUGCGAGCCCUGGACGCCGUCGCCACCUGCUGGGAGAAGCUCUUCGCGCUGCGGGCCUUGGCCAAGGGGGGCUCCUAG